AUGGUCGAUAAAAUUGAUGAAGAGAAAAUGGAGAUACAAGUGGUAUCCUUAAAAUGUAUGGACAGUUCUAAAAUGUUGUUCAGUCUUAAUGAGAAUGAUAAAAGUGAUGUGCCUUAUGAAGAUGUAAUGGGUAUAAUAAGUGAGCCUCGAAUUCUCUCGAAGAAAUUUAAAAUCUCUGACAAGAGAUUCAUUAAUCACAAAUUUCACGUCAUCAAAGACAUCCAUUUACCUUACGAUGGUACCUGA